UUGACCUGCGGCCGCUGCCUGCAGAUCUUCCCGCUGGAGGCCAUCACUACCUUUAUGGACCACAAGAAGCUGGGCUGUCAGCUCUUCAGUGGCCCCGGUCCCAACCAGGGCUCAGAGCCUACGGCGCUGCAGGCCCUGAGCUGCCUGCGCUGCGGCCGACAGUUCACCAGGGCCUGGAAGCUGCUGUGCCACGCCCAGUGGGACCACAGACUGUCCAUCUACCAGACGGAAUCCAAAGCCCCCGAGGCCCCGCUGCUGGGCCUGGCCGAGGUGACCGCGGCCAUGUCGGCAGUGGUGGGGCCGCUGAGGCCGCCGGCCGAGACCAAGGGCCCCCGGGGGAGCCCCACCUGCUCAGUGUACAAGAAGACCCUCAGCUCCUUCAGCAACCUCAAGGUGCACAUGCGCUCCCACACCGGCGAGCGGCCCUACGCCUGCGACCAGUGUCCCUACGCCUGCGCCCAGAGCAGCAAGCUCAACAGGCACAAGAAGACCCACUGGCAGCCGCUGCCCCAGAGCCCCUGCGUGGCCCCGACCGGCCAGGAGCAGGCCUCCACUGCCCCGCCGGAGCCGGCCGCCCACGCCGCAGCCCCAGCCAGCACGCUGCCAUGCAGCAGGGGCGUGGAGCCUGGCGCUGCCGCCACCGCAGGUGUCCAGGAACCUGGGGCUCCGGGCAGUGGGGCCCAGGCCGGUCCCGGUGGGGACAGCUGGGGAGCCAUCCCCGAGGAAGAAAGAACUGACCGUGCCGAGAGCCAGAAGACGUCACCCAGGAAGAUGCCCAAGCCAGCGGGCAAGAGCCGCGGGCCCGGGGGCAGCUGCGAGUUCUGCAGGAAGCAUUUCACCAACAGCAGCGACCUGACCAUGCACCGGCGCUCCCACACCGGCGAGCGGCCCUGCGCCUGCGACCAGUGUCCCUACGCCUGCGCCCAGAGCAGCAAGCUCAACCGGCACCGCCGCAUGCAUGGGCUGGGGCCCGGCGGCACCCGCUUCCAGUGCCACUGCUGCGUGCCCUUCGGCCUGCGCGCCACGCUGGACAAACACCUGCGGCAGAAGCACCCCGAGGCGGGCAGGAAGGCCUGA